AUGACGAAUCAUGCUUCAUCCUCUUUUCAUUCUCAAUUCAUUUAUUGUUCUGAUUUUGAUGAUACCUCAAUUUGGGAUGAGAUGAAUCUAACUCCUCUCUAUGAUUUUGAGAAUGAGUUUCAUGAACUCAAUCAACCAACUGUUAGAGCUGAGGCUGUUGCUGAAAUUGAACCUUCAAGGGAGGUAGCAUUUCAGAGGAAAGAAAAAGAGGAGAAAAGGAUAUUUUCGAAAAAGCUUAGGUGCAGGGAGUUAGGGAUUUCCGAAUGGCCGAAGAAAAAAUUCUUAAGGUUGGAGGAUAACCUGGAAAUUUCUACUCCUCCUCCUUACCAGUAUAACCAUUCCAUUACUGAGAACUCCCUCUGGGAUUAUCAGUAUGAGGAAUGCACUUUGGCUCCCGCAGGUGAAGCUUCAAGAUCCUCGAGCGAUGAACACAUUCGCAGUUUUGGCCAAGAAUUUGAUUCUAUCUGGAAUUUCAAGGAUGAGGCACCAGAAGUAAAAGAAAUCAAUGAGGUUGCAACUGAGGAAAUUAUAGAAGAAGCAUCCAACCCAGUCAUAACCAUUGUGGAUAAGAAGAGCACCUCUGAAAAAUCUUGGAGCAUUGAAAUGAUUUCAAAAUUCUUCCACUUACCAGUUGUCCAGGCGGCAAGGGAAUUACACAUAGGAAAAGACAAGCUGAAGAAAAUAUGCACCGAGUUGGGAAUCAAUCAAUGGCCACAUAGGAAAUUACAGUACAUGGAUCGACUGUUGAGCAAGUUUAAGAAAGAUUUUGACCAAGGGGAGAAGGUGAUUGAGCUAGAACACGAAAGUGAGCAGAUGUUAGCAAACCCCAACAAUAAGUUAGGCUUAGAAACUCAAACACUGGGGGAAUCUUCUUCUANGGAAUUUCAAGGAUGA